AAGUCCACUUGAACCGUUCGCGCAGGAUACUUCUACUGGAGAGAAACAAGGCUUUUAUAUUGCUCCUCCACAAGAAUGGCGUUCAAGCGUCCCGUAUCAGUUUCUUUGUUGUUGAUUGUAUGGGCCUGUUGCCUAACGGGCAUCAUAGCCCAAGAGGAACAACCCGUCGCAACAGGUGAUCGUGAAGGCAAGCAAAUCUUCUUUGUGCCUCAAUCGUAUCCAGCACGCCCGUACUACCAAGAUAGCUAUGCCUAUGGAGCUAACCCGUUUGCAGUUUCAUUGCCGCAAUUGCCUUUCUUCAGCCGCAAUCAGGAAGUUGAAGCACCCGGCUGGCCUUGGUCAUACCCAUCGCCGUCGCUCGGCCAUCCCAGUUAUGCUGCUUGGAGGGUUAACGACGGCAUCGACGAUAAAGAUAAACUCAAGUGGUGGAAAAAGCGAUUCAACAGGCAAGCCCUCAUCACUAUCAUUCCAGCACCGGCAGAAUGCACGAUUGCAGCUGUUGCGGAUGAUGGGCUUGGUCCUUGUAAACGAGCAACCGACGCCCAUCAUGGAACUCUCGAAGUCAAAUUGCAAACGGCAGGCCAAACGGCUGCAAUUGCCAUCACAUCUAGAUCACCAAUGAAUACCAGAAUCAGGUUGAUCUGUACUGAUUUGAAUGCCGUUGCCGUCUUUACAAACACUGGUAGAAUCAGUGCUGUAUCGGAUACACCGAGAACCGAAAUCGGACAGAUGCAAUUGAUCGUGACUAGCACGGCCGCCAAUGGCUUGUUGAAAUGCAACUGGCGAUCGUACACCUACUACACAGCUGCUUAUCCUUGAGCUUGAUUGACAUAUAGAACCCAACCAAUAAUUAUGUUACAUCAGCUCAACCCCGUGGUUAAAAAUCGUCAUUAAUGAAUCAGUGUAUAGACUACAUUUGCGUGUAUGAAGACGAUUUGUGGUAGUAUUUAUUUCAUACCCUAAAAAAGGCAUGAUUUUUUAGCUUGACUUAAUAUAAAUAAUACACAUAUUUACCAAAUUUUCU